AUGUCGGUUGAAAAGAGGGAUCUCGUUCCAGAUGAGGAAAUUCUCCGCGCAAUCUUCUCGGGCGUUGAUAUUAAGCCCACCGACUGUAAAAUCAUUUCCACCACAUUCGAGUCAUGCACGUUUAGCAUCCACCCCAAGACCGCCGCUCUCCCUGAUCAUCCUAAGGACCUUCUUGUCCGCCUGGAAGUGUCGGGACGUCACUUAGACCAGGUAGUAGCUCUCCAAAAGCUCGCGAAUGGCAAACUACACGAUCUCGUUCCAUUAGUCGUAUCCGAUGGCACCACGGCAACCGCGGACGGAAGACAGGUCGAGUACGCCGUGUCGGAGUAUUGCACAGGGACAGUUCCGCUUGAGGAGAUAUGGAAUACCCUUGACCAAAGCAAUCAGAUGCGGUUGAUCGAUUUGGUCGUAUGUGCAAUGGAGAAGCUUCACGAAAUAGACAGCAGCAACAUCCAACGAGUUGGCGCGCAGUCCGAUAACGCCUCAGUCGGUGGCCCAAAGACUGGCUAUUCCUCAAAUAUCGAGCAGUUCUUGGACGGUAUCCUCCCACCGAGCGAUCCAAAACCACGCAACUGGAAAUUUCAGAAGGUUGAUGAUGGCAUUUUACUGGUGUCGGAUUUUCAAGAUGUCGGCCAGGUUCAGUUGACACGCGCAGAACUUGAUGAACUCAAAGAUAAUAUCGUCUUCUGCCACAACGACCUCGAGCCCCGCAACAUUCUUGUCAGAAGGUCGACUGAGAGCUAUGAUCUGGCUGCUAUUGUUGACUGGGAAAUGGCGGGCUUCUACCCUUUCGCCUAUGAAUACGGAUUCAAGGACAAUGUCCUCGGUUCCUCCAACCUUUCGUUCAGCUGGUAUUCCCUAUUCAAGAAGCAAGCAUCUCGCCUGUUGCCUCAAAAUGGGUGCCAUGUAAGGUUUAUAAAAGCGCUCAGGGUUAUCAGUGAGUCGAGAAGGAAAGGUAUGACACGGAACGUCGGUGUCCGAUUUCAGAAGAAAUGGGUAGAGGAUCAAAACCUAGAGAUAUCUCCGGACAUUCUCCGAGGCUGGGUUCGCAAGGCCGGUACGAAAGAUCCUGGGAACUUCAGCAAGGAAGACAAGGAUAAUCUUGAGCUGGAGGUCAUGAGGGAGCUUGGAUUGGAAUGA